AUGCAAGAAAAUUCAUCUACACGCCUGACCUCCCUUCUAUCAUGGCUAGCAAACUCUGUGUUGUCAAUGUUCACAACACAACAUACAAAUCAAAGCAAUCAACCCGAAUCUAUUUCAUUUAAAGAAAAUUCCAACACUCUACCUCUUUUUCAAUUGUUGGAUCACAAAAAACAACAUCAUCGUGAUGUGACAAUGAUGAUGAAACAAUUACCACCAAUUAAUUCCGAUGUGCUCAGAAACAAACAAAAUUCUAUUGCCAAACAACAGUCAAAAUAUACUGGUAAUAUGGGAAUAAUUAUGAUGAAAGGACACAACAAUCCUGUAAGCGAUUUAAUUGAUUCUGAAGAAUAUUCCUUACCAUAUCUUCAUGAGCAAGCUAAUGUGUUAAAUACAAUUAUUAAGAACCGAGAUGGAAAUUUGUGA